GUCACAUCUCACCGAGGUCGGUAUGAACCUGGGGUUACACGCCUUGACGUUGUCGUUGUUUUUUAGUUCUAUUGUAGUUUACUGUGGUAGGGAUUUUUAUGCCAUCCUAAAUGUACCUCGUGAUGCAAAUAAAAGUGAAAUCAAAAAAGCAUACAGAUCACUGGCUAGCAAGCUUCAUCCCGAUAAAAAUCGUGAAGAUCCAAAAGCUGACCAAAAACUCCAAGAUGUAAAUGAAGCUUACGAAGUUCUCAGCAAAGAUGACAAGCGUAAACUUUACGAUCAGUACGGUGAAGAGGGUCUAAAAAGUCAUGGAGAACAUGAUUUUAAUCCAUUUGGUUUUGCCCGAUCUCCGGAAGAAGCACCACGUGGAGGUGAUAUUGUUAUGGACCUGUGGGUUACUCUGGAAGAACUCUAUGUGGGGAACUCUGUAGAAGUGACUAGGCGUAAACUAGUCAAAAUGCCUGCACGUGGAACUCGGAAGUGCAACUGUCGUAUGGAGUUACAUACAACAGUCCUAGGCCCUGGUCGUUUCCAGAUGCACCAAGAACAAGUCUGUAGCGACUGCCCAAACAUCCAGUUUGUACCUGAGGAAAGAAACCUCUAUGUGGAAAUUGAGCCAGGAAUGAGAGAUGGGUAUUUUUAUCCAUUUGUUGGCGAAGGGGAACCUCAUUCUGAUGGUGAAUCAGGUGAUCUGAAAUUUCGUAUUAAACAAAAAAAGUAU